CGGCGCCCCGCCCCCCUUCCUGAGCGGUUGCCCUACCCAACCCCUUGCCCCACCGCUUCGCUUUGCGGUUGACGGACGGAGGGGUCGACACGGUCGGAGGCCUUUACGGCUGUGGUGAGCCGGGAAGUAUGUUAUGUAUAAAAGUGGAUACUUUCCAUGAUAAAUGAAAAUGGCCAAUUCUUUAAGAGGAGAAGUAUUGAAUCUUUAUAAAAAUCUGCUGUAUCUUGGACGGGACUAUCCAAAAGGAGCAGACUACUUUAAAAGGCGUCUGAAGAAUGCUUUCCUUAAAAACAAAGAUGUGAAGGACCCAGAGAAGAUCAAAGAACUUAUUAGACGGGGUGAAUUUGUAAUGAAAGAGCUAGAAGCCUUAUACUUCCUUAGGAAAUACAGAGCUAUGAAACAGCGCUAUUAUUCAGAUAUCAACAAAACUAACUGAUCACUAUUACUCUAUUUUGACUGAAAAUCAGUGCCAGCUGUUCACAUAUGCCAGAUAAUUAUAAAAAUAAUUCUAACUUGAAUGGCAAGAUAUACAUGUCAUAUAAAAAAAUACCUGAGCAGCUUUACUGAAUUAAACAUACUGAAAAUUUUAUCAGCAACCCUUUAUGCUCAAUUUUUAUACUAAAAAAGCAAUUUAGCUGUGUAAUACUGCCAACUACUAAUUAAAUUAACAAGCAGCCAAUGUUGGCUGAAAAUAUGUACUUAAUUUAAAAAAUUUAAUAGGUUAAAAAGGGUUUUGUUAAUCUUAGCCUACUUUUUCAUUUUACUGAUAGGAAAUUCCAUUUAAUACAUUUUAAGUAUGCAAAAUAAUUUCUUGCACAUUUACUCCCCUUAACUUCUGAAAGAGUACCUUAUUUUUAAUUCAUUUUGGAAUAUUAACAGCACAUACUCAAGGUUCACUACAAAACAAAUCGCACCUGGUAAAGAUUUAAGUGCAGUUAUAGAAAUAAUAUGUAUGGAGUAAGAAAACAGCCUGCCAGUGAUAGGCACCGCAUACAUACCUUUUAAAUUAUUUCCAUUAUUAAUUUUUCUGCUUGUUCCCUCUGGGCCUUAAAACAAAUCACCUGUUGUGUAUCAAUUGCCUUCACUGAUAAAAAGUAAUAAAUAAUGUUACUUUUCUUUUGUCAUAAA